CUCUCCAGGUCCAACAGUGAAAUUCUUGCCGACUACUAAUUACAGAUCUUUCACUUUUCUAUUGAUGGCCGAGGCUCAAGGGAAAUGGGUCAAGCUUAACCAGAAUGGAACUGGUCCUGGAGCUAGAAGCUCACACGCCAUAACCAUUGUGGGAUCGAAGGCCUAUAUCUUUGGAGGUGAGUUCACCCCAAGAGUCCCAGUUGACAACAAGCUCUAUGUAUUUGAUCUCAAUACCUUAACAUGGUCCGUUGCUGAUAUAACCGGCGAUGUCCCGCCUCCGCGUGUUGGUGUCACGAUGGCCACUGUUGGUGAAACCAUCUAUGUGUUUGGUGGUAGGGAUUCUGAACACAAGGAGCUGAAUGAGUUUUAUUCUUUUGAUACGCGUACAAACAAGUGGGUCCUGCUUUCCAACGAUGACAGUGGCCCCGCUCAUCGCAGCUAUCACUCCACGACAGCUGAUGACCGACAUGUUUAUGUCUUCGGAGGGUGCGGUGUUUCAGGCCGACUUAAUGAUCUAUGGGCUUAUGAUGUUGCUUACCAGAAAUGGAUCAAGUAUCCAACCCCGGGAGAGAGUUGCAAGGGAAGAGGUGGACCUGGAUUGGCUGUCAUCGAAGGAAAAAUAUGGGUGGUUUAUGGCUUCUCUGGAGUGGAAAUGGAUGAUGUGCAUUGCUUUGAUCCGGCCGAAGGAAAAUGGUCCCAAGUUGAGACAAGUGGGGAGAAACCAACAGCCCGGAGUGUAUUUUCUACAGUUGUGAUUGGCAAAUACAUAAUCAUAUAUGGUGGGGAAGUGGAUCCCAGUGAAUUAGGUCACCUUGGUGCUGGUAAAUUUUCUGGAGAGGUUUACGGUUUGGACACAGAGACAUUGGUGUGGAAGAAGUGGGAGGAUGAUCCGGGUUUGGAAACUCACCCCGGUCCUCGUGGAUGGUGUGCUUUUUCCAGUGGCUUAAGGGAUGGCCAACUCGGGCUUCUGGUUUAUGGUGGCAAUUCCCCUAGCAAUGAUAGGCUUGAUGACAUUUUCAUUUUUACUCCAUGUGUAGCGAAGUAACCAAAAACUGAGCAGUGGUUGAUGGUGAUUCUGUAUUAGGAUUACAAGGAUAAUGUGUGGUUUUGUGCAGUAAGUUGAUAUGAAUAAGUCUAUAGAGUUUUAAGUGCUUCAAUGCUUGGAUUGGUUAUUUAUAUUUGAGUAUCAUACAUAUUUGAUAAUAUGAUAUCAUUUUCAAGUUA